GUUUAUCAAGCCCUUCAGACACACUGGCAGGUGUUGUGCCAGACGCUGCCUCUGAGGUUGGCCCGGUCCCCUAGAAGGCUGAUAGUCCCCCCUGUAGGUUUCAAUUAGCAGACAGUUCUUUGCACUGGGAGUCUUCGAGUGGAGCUGUGAACUCCUCUGCCCGUGUCCCCCUGCCUGGUGGGCUGUAGAGCCAUGGCAACGGAGGAGAAGAAGCCAGAGACAGAGGCCGCCAGAGCACAGCCCACCCCUUCCUCCUCGGCCGCACAGAGCAAGCCUACCCCUGUCAAACCAAACUAUGCUCUAAAAUUCACCCUGGCUGGCCACACGAAAGCCGUGUCCUCUGUGAAAUUCAGCCCGAACGGGGAGUGGCUGGCAAGUUCAUCUGCUGAUAAACUCAUUAAAAUUUGGGGAGCGUAUGACGGAAAAUUCGAGAAAACCAUAUCUGGUCACAAGCUGGGGAUAUCAGAUGUGGCCUGGUCGUCAGAUUCCAACCUCCUCGUUUCCGCCUCAGAUGAUAAAACCCUAAAGAUCUGGGACGUGAGCUCGGGAAAGUGUCUGAAAACCCUGAAGGGGCACAGUAACUACGUCUUUUGCUGUAACUUCAACCCCCAGUCCAACCUCAUCGUCUCGGGCUCUUUUGAUGAAAGUGUGAGGAUAUGGGAUGUGAAAACAGGGAAGUGUCUCAAGACUCUGCCUGCACACUCGGACCCGGUCUCAGCUGUUCAUUUUAAUCGGGACGGAUCCUUGAUAGUGUCCAGUAGCUACGACGGUCUCUGUCGGAUCUGGGACACCGCCUCUGGCCAGUGCUUGAAGACGCUGAUUGAUGACGACAAUCCUCCUGUGUCGUUUGUGAAGUUCUCUCCAAAUGGCAAGUACAUCCUGGCUGCGACCUUGGACAACACGCUGAAGCUCUGGGACUACAGCAAAGGGAAGUGCCUGAAGACAUACACCGGCCACAAGAAUGAGAAAUACUGCAUUUUUGCCAAUUUCUCAGUCACUGGCGGGAAGUGGAUCGUGUCUGGUUCCGAGGACAACCUGGUGUACAUCUGGAAUCUGCAGACCAAGGAGAUCGUACAGAAAUUACAGGGCCACACAGACGUUGUGAUCUCGACAGCCUGCCACCCGACAGAGAACAUCAUCGCCUCGGCCGCGCUGGAGAAUGACAAGACCAUCAAGCUCUGGAAGAGUGACUGCUAGGCGCUGUGGGCGCCGCGGGGGGGAUGGUCAGGAAGGUGCCCCGGCGGCGGGAGCGCGGAGUCUGGAAAGGCGCCCCUCGGUCUGGGCCUGGGGGUCGGGACGGGCCUGGAUUAAGCCGCCUCUGAGGACGAUGUGGUGGAGGGGGUGUCUGCCACCAGAAAGUUCUAGAAGUUGCUGGUGACAUUUCUUGCUGAUCCCUCUCACACUGUCUGGGGAAAUUUCUAGUCUGUAUUGUGUUCAAGCAGAGUCACAAAAAUUUUUAAUUUUUUAUUACAGAAGGGUGAAGUUCAAUUUAUCAUGAGUUGUGUUUUUUUCCAGUAAAUGUUCUGUACCUUCUUUGGUAUCUAAGCACCCAGUGCAAGCGCUGUG